AUGACUAUUGGUGUGGCAAUUCUUGGUGGAGGCAUAUUUGCCCGUGAGGAGCACUUGCCCGCGGUUGAAGCUUCCAAAGACUUGACGCUCAAAGCCAUAUGGUCACGGUCAUUGAAGUCGGCUCAAUCGCUCGAGGCAGACUCUUCCAAGGUCGAUAUAUAUUCUGAGGACUCUGGUGCUGGAAAAUCUCUUGAUGACGUCCUUGCCCGUUCCGAUGUUGGAGCUGUCAUCAUUGCUCUUCCAAUCAAGAAUCAACCAGAAUAUAUUCGCAAGUCACUCUUGGCUGGCAAGCACGUCCUGUCGGAGAAGCCUGUGGCAGAGAAUGUCAAGGAAGCGGUCGAACUGAUCAAAUGGUACCGAUCAGAAAUUGCUGGCAAGGGUGUGACAUGGGCAGUCGCUGAGAACCAAAGAUAUCUGGCCAACUUCAUACGUGCUGCGGAAGCAGUUCAGACGUUGGGCCGCCAACUGACAUUCAGGACCCGAAUGCAGGUUCUAGUGUCGGGAGGGAAAUACUUUGAGACAUCUUGGAGGAAAGUCCCCACACAUCAAGGAGGGUUUCUUCUAGAUGGAGGAGUCCACUUUACGGCAGGGUUGAGGUUGCUACUUGGGAAGGACAACCCGCUCGUGACGCUUUCUGCCCAUUCUGCACAACUUCAAGAACAUCUUCCUCCCGUCGACACGGUAGAAGCUACAGGUAAGACCAAGCAAGGCACAGUCGGGUCGAUAUCGAUAUCAUUUGGCACCACCGCCAAAGGCCGUGAUUGGACAAUUGGCGCCGACAAAGGCUCUGUCAGUGUAACAUUUGACGGUGUCACAAUCGAUGGCAAGGAGGAAAAGAUCACCAACGAGGGAAGCGGAGUCACUCCUGAGGUUCGAGCGUGGGGUGAAGCGUUGGCAGCAGGCAAAGAAAAUGCAAACCAGUCACCCGAAGAGGCACUCGCGGAUCUGGAAUUGAUUGAGGCGAUGUUGAUGGUCUCCGCAAAGAAACACGUUCCGAUCGUGAAGAAACACCCGAAGAAGUGGGAGAGACAUCAGUCCGACAGAUUCAAGUGUGUACCAUCGGCAUGGAGGAAACCAAAGGGUAUCGACAAUCGAGUUCGAAGACGGUUUAAGGGUCAGGUUGUUAUGCCAUCGAUCGGUUAUGGCUCCAACAAGAAGACUCGUCACUUGAUCCCCUCAGGCCACAAAGUUUUCCUCGUCCACAACGCUCGCGAUGUUGAUAUUCUCCUUAUGCACAACCAGACCUACGCCGCCGAGAUCGCAUCCGCCGUUUCAUCGAGAAAGAGAAUCGAAAUCAUCGCAAAGGCCAAGACACUGGGUGUCAAGGUUACCAACCCCAAGGCCAAGGUUACGACUGAGUCUUAG